GGUGUGGCCUGAGUUCCUUCGGGAGAAAAAGCAUAAAACUCCGACCUAAGCAUAUCAAAUCGUUCAGUCUUUUGAUAACAUUCAAGGUGAGCCGUUGAAAUGUUAAAAUAUACUGUUGUGGUGCUUGUGUUAGCUAUUGUCUCGGAACAAUGUAUGGCACAAAAUUUAAUACUAGCCUACAAUUCGUGCAGUUCAGAGUUCAAUGUGGAUAUGGAAGCAUUCAAUGCGCUUAAAAACGGAGAUUUUAGCAACAGAACACCAUUGAUUGAGUGCUUCGGUGAUUGUAUUGUGAAAAAGGCUGGCUUCAUGAGGGAGGAUUUGAGUUUUAACAAGGAUACGAUCGUUAAGUUUGUGGCACGUUUCAUCAAACCUGCAGACGCUGGAACUGUUUACGAGAAAUGCACGUCCAAUGUGACUCCCACACUGUGUGUAACGGCAUACGACGUCUACCAGUGUAUAUACGAGAACACCUAUUCCAAAUGGGGAACGAGAAUUAAUUGGUGAAUUAGCGAUGUAUUUAUCCCCAUCGAAAGUCGUACAUUAAAGUUCCAUAUCAUUUA